AUGGCCCCGGCCCCGGCCCCGGCCCGGCCCCGCCGCCGCUGCGGGCCCCGCGUGGCGCUGCCGGUGCCGCUCCCGGUGCCGCUGCCGCUGCUGCUGCCGCUGCUGCUGCCGCCGGUCGCCGCCUUCAACCUGGAGGCGUCGCGGCCCGUGGUGUUCCGCGGGGCCCCCGGCUCCUUCUUCGGCUUCGCGCUGGACUUUUACCUGCCCGAGCCCCGCAGUGUCAGCGUCCUGGUGGGCGCCCCCAAGGCCAACACGAGCCAGCCCAACGUGACCCAGGGGGGCGCCGUGUUCCACUGCCCCUGGCCCCCCCCAGGCGGCGCCUGCGCCCCCAUCGACUUCGACCACAUCGGGACCCGCACCCACGACUUUGGGGGCAACAGCAGCGACGGCGCCGAGCCCGUGGAGUUCAAAUCCCUGCAGUGGUUCGGGGCCACCGUGAGGGCCCACAAUGGAUCCAUCCUGGCGUGCGCCCCCCUGUACAGCUGGAGCCCCCCCAAGGAGGAGGGGGGGGCGCGGGAGCCGGUGGGCUCCUGCUUCCUGUCCCUGGGCAACUUCUCCAAGUUUGUGGAGUACGCGCCCUGCCGCUCAGACCUGAACUCGGCGGCCGGGCAGGGCUAUUGCCAGGGGGGCUUCAGCGCCGACUUCACACAGACCGGGCGGGUGCUCCUGGGGGGGCCCGGCAGCUACUUCUGGCAAGGGCAGGUGAUGUCGGCCACCCAGGAGCAGAUCACGGCCGGGAACUUCCCCGAGUACCUGAUCCAGGAUGGCGGACAGCUCCAGACGCGCCAGGCGGAGCCCAGCCACGACGACAGCUACAUGGGUUACUCGGUGACAGUCGGGGAGUUCAGCGGUGACACCACGCAAGACUUCGUGGCCGGCGUCCCCAAGGGCAACCUCACCUACGGCUACGUCACCAUCCUCAAUGGCACCAACAUGAAGUCCCUGUACAACUUCUCGGGGGAGCAGAUGGCCUCGUAUUUUGGCUACGCCGUGGCCGCCACCGAUGUCAACAACGAUGGGACUCACGGACUGCUGGUGGGGGCCCCGCUGUUCAUGGCCCGUACCAACGGCGCCGCGGGGGGGGCGCGGGAGCUGGGCCGCGUGUACCUGUACCUGCAGCGGGGGGGGGGCGCCCCGCCCGCCGCCCCCGCCGCCCUCACCGGCACGCACGAGUUCGGGCGCUUCGGCAGCGCCAUCGCCGCGCUCGGCGACCUGGACCGGGACGGAUACAACGACGUGGCCGUGGGGGCCCCGCUGGGGGCCGAGGGGCGCCGGGGGCUCGUGUUCAUCUUCGGGGGGGGGGGCGCGGGGCUGCGGCCCCGGCCCGCGCAGGUGCUGCGGGGACGGGCGCGCCCCCGGGGCCAGCCCGACUUCUUCGGGGCCGCGCUGCGCGGGGACAGCGACCUGGACGGCAACGGGUACCCGGAUCUCCUGGUUGGCGCCUUCGGGGCGGACGCGGCCGUGGUUUACAGGGGCCGCCCCAUUGUCCACGCCAGCGCCACCCUGGCCAUCGUCCCCUCCAUGUUCAACCCCGAGGAGCGCGGCUGCGCCCUGGCCAGCGGCCACCACGUGUCCUGCAUCAAUGUCACCUUCUGCCUCAACGCCUCCGGACGUCACCUGCCCGGGCCCAUCGGGCUGGCGCUGGAGCUGAGCGUGGACGGGGCCCGGCCGGGGGGGGCGCGGCGGGCGCUGUUCCUGGGGGGGGGCGCGGGGGGGGCGCCCCCCUCCCCCACGCGGAACCUGAGCCUGGAGGUGCCCAACGGGGGGAGCCCGCGCUGCCGCACGCUGCCCGUGUUCCUCAGGAACGAGUCCGAGUUCCGGGACAAGCUGUCGCCCAUCCCGGUGUCGCUGAGCCUGGCCCUGGACCCGGCCGUGUCCCCUCCCCCGCCGGGACUGUCCCCCACUGCUGUCCCCGCCACGCGCACGCGCCUCGAGGCCAAGGCCCACAUCCAGCUGGACUGUGAGGACAACGUCUGCGUGCCCGACCUGCAGCUCGAGGCCAGCGCGGACCGCCGGGCCGUGUUCCUGGGGGACAGGAACCCCCUCAAUGUGACGUUCCUGGCGCGCAACGUGGGCGAGGGCGGCCUACGAGGCCGAGCUGCACCUGCGCCCCCCCCCGGGCGCGCUCUACUCGGGGGUGCUGCGGCCCCACGGGGAAUUUCUCUGCCCUGAGCUGCGAGCUGGGGGGGGGGCAACGGCUCGAGCCCCCUGGUCUGCGACCUGGGCAACCCCAUGAAGGCGGGGGCCAGCAUUUGGGGGGGGCUGCGUUUCACCCUCCCCCACCUGAGCGACAACAGCAGCAGCGUCCGCUUCGAGCUGCAGAUCCGCAGCAAGAACGCCAACAACUCGCAGAGCGCCGUGGUGCCGGUGGCGCUGGCCGUGAGGGCGGCAACGAGGGUGUCCGUGCUGGGGGUGUCCCGGCCCGACGUUGUCACCAUCCCCGAGGGGGGGUGGGGGCCCGACCCCCCCCAGCGGCUGCAGGACCUGGGGCCACCCGUGGAGCACGUCUACGAGGUGGUGAACGAGGGUCCCGGCGCCAUCAGCCAGGGCACGCUGGAGCUCAGCUGUCCCCUGGGCCACCGCGGCCACCCCCUGCUCUACGUCACCGGCCACGAGGGGCUGCACAACUGCACGGCCAGCCACGGCAGCGACCCCCUCGGGCUGCUGGGGACAGCGGGGACGGAGCGGGAGCAGAGCCCGGGUCCCCACGUGCUGCAGCGCCGGGACACCGGGGACACUGGGGACACUGGGGACAGCCUGGUGUGUCCCGAGGCCGAGUGUUUCCGGCUGAGCUGCCCCUCGGGGGCGCUGGAGCGGCAGCAGCGCGUCACCCUGCGCCUCGGCUUCCGCAUCAGGAGCCCCCCCCCGCGACAGCGGGAGCUGUGGCCGCUGUCCCUGCGCUGUGACGCCGAGUUCCGCGUGCUGCAGCUGCCCUACAGAGUGCGGCCCGACAGCCACCCCCGGCACCGCCUGCAGGUGGUGACGGCGCUGUCGCGGGCCCGGCCCGAGGCGGCGGGGGGGGUCCCGGUGUGGGCGGUGGUCCUGGCCGUGCUCCUGGGGCUGCUCCUGCUCGGCCUCCUCUGCUACGGCCUCUACAAGCUGGGGUUCUUCAAGCGCUCGGGGCCCUACGGCACCGCCAUGGAGAAGGCGCAGCUGAAACCCCAGGCGGCCUCCGAGGCCUGAGGGGACCCCGCGGUGACAGCUGGGGACACCCACGGCCUGAGGGGACCCCGCGGUGACAGGGACACCCUGUCCUGUCCCCACGCUGGGGACCCCGCGGUGACAGCUGGGGACAGCCCGGGAUGGGGACCCCGCGGUGACAGGGACACCCACGGCCUGAGGGGACCCCGCGGUGACAGGGACACCCUGUCCUGUCCCCACGCUGGGGACCCUGCGGUGACAGCUGGGGACAGCCCGGGAUGGGGACAUGCAUGGCCUGGGGACACCCCAUGGCUUCAGGACAUCCCCAUGGCUUGGGGACACGUCACUGCCAGAGGACAUCUCUCACAGCUUGGGGACAUCCAUGGCCAGGGACACCCUCGGCUUGGGGACAACCUCAUGGCUUGGGGACACCCACAGGCAGGAGCACCCUCGGCUUGGGGACAUCCAUGGCCUGGGGACACUCCAUGGCUUCGGGACAUCCACGGCCUGGGGACAUCUCACGGCUUGGGGACAUGUCACAGCUUGGGGACACUCCAUGGCUUGGGGCCCCCCGCAAGGACAGUGUCACCUGCACAACUGGGGACCCUGCAAGGACAAUGUCACCUGCACCAGCGGUGUCACCUGCACGGCCGGGGAUGUCCCCAGCGCUGGGACCCCACACUGCCAAUGUCACCCGCAUGGCCAAUGUCACCCGCGUCGGUGACAUCCCCCGCUCCACGCCCCCGGCUGGGGACACCCACGGCGCCCACCCCCACACACUGAACUGUCACCGGGCUGGGGACAUUGUCACUGAACUGUCACCGGGCUGGGGACACUGUCCCAUGACUGUCACCGGGCUGGGGACACUGUCACUGAACUGUCACCGGGCUGGGGACAUUGUCACUGAACUGUCACCAGGCUGGGGACACUGUCCCAUGAACUGUCACCGAGCUGGGGACACUGUCCAUGAACUGUCACCGGGCUGGGGACAUUGUCACUGAACUGUCACCAGGCUCAGGACACAAUCACAGAACUGUCACCGGGCUGGGGACACUGUCAGCAGGCUCAGGACACUGUCCCAGAACUGUCACCAGGCUGGGGACAUUGUCCCAGGAACUGUCACUGCAUUAGGGACGCUGUCACUGAAUGUCACCGAGUUGGGGACCCUGUCCCAUGAACUGUCACCAGGCUGGGGACACUGUCCCAGAACUGUCACCGAGCUGGGGACAUUGUCCCAGGAACUGUCACCAGGCUGGGGACACUGUCCCAAACUGUCACCAGGCUGGGGACACUGUCCCAGGAACUGUCACCAGGCUGGGGACACUGUCCCAAACUGUCACCGCGCUGCACCAGGACGUGUCCCCAAGGCACAGCUGCCACCACCGGUUUGGGGACACCAAACUGGGAACAAGCAGGAGUUGUCACCAGCGGGGACUGUCACCAGCAGACCAGGGACUGUCACCACUGGACCUGGAAUUGUCACCACCGGUGGGAACUGUCACCAUUGGACUGGGAAUUGUCACCACAGGACUGGGAACUGGUGGCACCUGGGUGACGCCGAGCUGCCACCCGCCACGGACACUGCAGGGGACACAGAGACACUACAGGGACACAGCAGGGACACCAUGGGGACACCAGGACACCGUGGGGACACCUGUGGGACACCUGUGUGACACCGGGACGUGUCCCCGGCGCCGUCGCCUCACCCAGGACAGGGCCUGGGUGGCACCUGGGGACGGUGUCGCGGCGUCACCCUGUGCCAGCGUGACCCGGGGACGCUGCCCCCCGGUGCCACCCUCUGUCACCCGAUGCCACCCGGUGUCCCCUCCCUGCACUGCCCGCCCCCCCCGGGCACCUCACUUUGCACUGACCCCGAGCUGGGGGCACAGCCCGGCCCCGGUGUCCCCAAGGUGUCCCUGGGUGUCCCCGGGGUG